AUGAGUACCGACGUAGAAGUCGGUGGCGUCGCCGCAAGCCUGGGCAAUCUCGACUUUCACCACCCACUCACGCCAUACGAUGUCCAGGAGCAGUUUAUGAAGGCAGUCUACGAUGUGCUGGAGGCUGGCAAUGGACAAGUCGGUAUCCUCGAGAGUCCGACGGGCACAGGCAAGUCUCUGUCUCUCAUCUGCGCGACUCUGACCUGGUUGCGCAAUCACAAGUCCUCGGCUCACGAGGCUACCCUGCAGCAAGCCAGUGAGGCGUAUAAAGAUGAACCGUCAUGGAUGAUUGAUCAGCUUCUGCGACAAAAACGGAAUGAACUCUUACGUCAGUGGGAGGACCGCGAGAAGCGUCUUGAAGCUGCACGUCUAAAGGAGAGGGCCCUGGAAGAACGUGUUCGCAAACGUCGUCGUAUUGAAGAUGGUUUAACUAGCACAUUAUCACACCGCUCUACCGAAGACGAAGACGCCGAAUGGCUACUGGACAGUACUAGUAAUGACAAGAACGAUUUACAAGACCCACUGUCUGGACUCAGUCGAGAGUCAAAGGAGAUAUUGACCAAGAUUGGCCUUGGUAAAUACAAAGGUCCCAGAGCUGCUGAGGAGGAAGUGAAGUUGGAAGAAGGUAUCAAGAUAUACUACACUUCGCGUACGCAUUCACAGCUGUCACAAUUCAUCACCGAACUUCGACGUCCAGCAUUUCCUUCAUCGUUGCCAAAGUCACUGGCACAAGAUGGUGCCCCUCCACAGAACGAGACCGUCAAGCUCCUCCCGCUAUCAUCACGCCAAAGGCUCUGCAUCAACCCAUCCGUAUCAAGACUGGGCUCCGUUCAGGCCAUUAACGACCGAUGCUCCGAGUUACAGCAGCCCAAGUUCGGCAAGAAGUGUCCCUAUGUGCCUAAAGAGGAACUCCUCUCGCAGACCAACGACUUUCGUGACUCCGCAUUGGCGUCGAUACCAGACAUUGAAGACCUCCACCAGCUGGGCAAGUCCCUCGCCGUGUGUCCCUACUACGCAUCCCGCACAGCCCUCCCGGGCGCCGAGAUUGUCACGCUGCCCUACCCGCUCCUCCUGCAGCAAAGUGCACGCGAGGCUUUGGGCAUCAAGCUCGAGGGCAAUGUUGUCGUUAUUGACGAGGCGCACAACAUCAUGGACGCUAUAGCCAAUGUCCAUACUGCAGAAAUUCAGCUGAGCGACAUGAAGAGGGCGAGGUGUAUGCUAAGCGUCUAUGUCAAGCGGUUUGGCAAGAAGCUCAAGGGCGAGAACCGUGUCAACGUGGGCAGGGUGGGAAGAGUUAUUGAGGGGCUGACAGAAUGGAUGGAGGGGGCUAUCAAGCUCAAGGAACACGGCAUCGUCGACCCAAAUGACUUGACCCGCCACAAGGGCAUCGACCAGAUCAACAUGUACGAGCUGAUCAAGUACAUACAAGAGUCCAAGCUGGCCUUCAAAAUUGAGAGCUACGUGGCGCACGUAGAGAGCGAAAAGGACCCGAAGGCAACAUCUCGACACAGCAGCAGCCCAGUUCUACACUCGCUCGUGUCGUUUCUCGUGGCCUUGACCAACCUCAGUUCCGAGGGACGCAUCUUCUACGAAAAGACGGCAGGAGAAAACACGUCGCCGAACCUGCGAUUGUCAUACCUCUUACUGUCGCCCACUCACGCCUUCUCAUCGAUUGCAUCAAGCGCACGAGCCGUCAUUCUGGCUGGCGGCACCAUGUCCCCAUUCGACGAUUACAAGGACCACCUCUUCCCUACCAUGGACCAGACCAGGAUCACGACGCUGAGCUGCGGACAUGUCAUACCCAAGGAGAACCUGUGCGUCUGGACGCUGGCGUCAAUGACACCCGGAGCAGCGCCGUUCGAAUUCAGUUUCCAGCGACGCGGGGACCGCGAUAUGAUUACCAAGCUGGGCCUUGCCCUGGUGAAUGGCUGCUCGGUCAUCCCGGAUGGCGUCGUCGUCUUCUUCCCCAGCUACGCCUACCUCGACGAAGUGGUCAAGGUGUGGCAGCAGGGCGAAGGGCAAACAGUCUGGUCAAGACUGGAGGCACGUAAAUCCGUGUUCCGCGAGAGCAAGGGCUCCUCGAACGACGAGGUGCUGGAUUCCUACUCGCGCGCCAUACUUGACCAAUCGGGCAGCAAGGGCGCACUGCUGCUGAGCGUGGUAGGCGGCAAAAUGUCAGAGGGCAUCAACUUUUCCGACCGGCUGGGCCGGUGCGUCAUGGUUGUCGGACUUCCCUAUCCAAACAUCGCCUCGCCAGACUGGAAGGCCAAGAUUGAAUAUAUCGAGUCGACAAUGUAUACGCGACUCCUGGGCAACGGCGAAGGUGAAGAUGGGAAGAAGAUGAGUGAGACGGAGGCCCGAACAAGGGCUAAACAAGCCAGUCGUGAUUUCUACGAAAACGCAUGCAUGCGUGCCGUCAAUCAGAGCGUCGGCAGGGCGAUCCGACACAGAAACGACUAUGCUGCCAUUGUGCUCGUGGAUAGACGGUUCGGCACGGACAGGAUACGCAGCAAAUUGCCGGGUUGGAUCAGGGCAGGGAUGCAGACAGGAAGUGAGCAUAAAGGUCUUGGUGGGUUGAUGGGGACGUUGGGUGGCUUCUUUCGGGAGAAGAGGUGA